GCAUUUUUUUCCUCUUUUAUCCGGGACCACGGCAGAGGGUCAGAGGGACUCGUAUCGAUUGGGAGGAAGUCGAUGUUCAUCUGACCAAUCACAUCGAGAGAAGUCCAGAAGGACGCAGUCCGCAGAGAGGACUCUCCCUGUUAGCAUCCACUCUGUUUGUAGCUACGUUAGCUCUGUCAUUAAGGCAGUUGGCCGGUCUUCGCAACGCCUGCUGCACGCUCAAAAUUCAGAGGUCUGUCACGUUUACUACAAAACAGACGAGUAAAGCAGCAAGUGAUAUACGUAACAUUUCGGGUGAACGAUAUCAGUGGAGAUGUAUAAUAAGCUGCAUUGGACACUGAGGACCUACCUGGCAGCCAGCCUAUCAACUGACAGCUGUCACCGCACCUAGCUGCUUAGCUAACUAGCUAGGUGAGCUAACUGCUAACAAGUGUUUUUUCGGGCUUGUUGCCUGGCUAAAUUAGACGCCGGAGCCGCUCUCGGUUCAGAGCGUGCACGCCGUGACUUGCGCUUGGACGUUAAAUCUUAGUAUUUUUCAAACAAGUACAGACUCUGCCUGCUGUUGAAACCAUGAGUUAGCUAAGGCGCGUCGGACCGCAGUGUGUGGAAUAUUUUGAGGUCCAGCUAGUUAGCGAGCAUUUAGCCUGACGCUAGCCGACGGCAUUCAUUCAAUUAUUGGAACAACUGCUAAACCCUCAACACGAGCACCUCAGCCAAAGAACGACCGGGGACUUGUUAUAUCCAAACCCAAUUAUUGUUCCGACACUCGCACAUUCUUGGACUCGACCGUGCUUUGGUUAACAUCGUGGAGGAGAAAUGAAGAAAUUUUUCGAUUCUCGUCGGGAGUUGGUGAGUUCGGGGCCUGGCUCCGGAGUAGGUGGAGGAGGCGCUGGUUCCGGCGGCGGCGGCAGCUUCAUCGGACGGGUCUUCACCAUUGGACGGUAUCAAGUGACCGUCGAGGAAAUCAUCGCCGAAGGAGGUUUUGCCAUCGUGUUUUUGGUACGGACUCAUCAAGGCGUACGUUGUGCGCUGAAAAGGAUGUAUGUCAACGAUGAACAUGAUUUACAAGUCUGCCAACUUGAGAUCCAGAUAAUGAGGGACCUAGUGGGCCACAAAAACAUAGUUGGUUUCCUGGACUCCAGUAUCACUGCAGUUGGAGCUGGCGAUGUGUGGGAAGUUCUAAUCUUAAUGGACUUCUGUCGAGGUGGGCAGGUGGUUAACCUAAUGAACCAGCGGUUGCAGACAGGCUUCACUGAAGCCGAGGUGCUACAGAUCUUUUGUGACACGUGUGAGGCAGUCGCUCGCCUCCACCAGGGCCAGACUCCAAUAGUCCAUCGAGAUCUCAAGGUGGAAAACAUUCUUCUACACGACCGGGGACACUACGUACUCUGUGAUUUUGGAAGUGCCACCAACUGCUUUCAAAACCCUCAGACGGAGGGGGUCGCAGUUGUGGAGGAGGAAAUCAAAAAGUACACUACUCUGUCAUACCGCGCUCCAGAAAUGGUCAACCUCUACGCUGGAAUGAUUAUCACAACAAAGGCUGAUAUUUGGGCCAUGGGUUGUCUACUCUAUAAACUGUGCUACUUCACGCUUCCUUUUGGGGAGAGCCAAGUGGCUAUCUGUGAUGGAAGUUUCACAAUCCCAGACAACUCCCGCUACUCUCACGACAUGCACUGUCUGAUCCGGUACAUGCUGGAACCUGACCCAGAAAAGAGACCAGACAUCUACCAACUAUCCCACUUUGCCUUUAAACUGGCUCGACGAGAGUGUCCAGUCCCAAAUGAACACAAUUCACCUAUUCCUGCAAAACUUCCUGAGCCUGUCAGAGUCAGUGACGCAGUGGCCAAAAAGAGUCAAACCAAAGCCAGGAUCACAGACCCCGUUCCGACCUUGGAAACCUCUAUUGCACCUCGCCAACGACCGAAGGCUGGCCAGGCGCAGCCCCAGCCGAUAUCGGGCAUCCUUCCCAUCCAGCCAGCUGUCACCCCACGAAAGAGACCCAAUGCGGGUACGCCACAGGCAAUAGGUGUCGCCAUCAAUGUCCCAGCUGCAGCUGCUGUCCAAGCCGUUCAACCGGCUCCUGUUGCACAGGCUGCAGCGCCAUCAGCUCAGACAGCCAACAUGCAGCCGCAGGCCACACUGCAGCAUCAGCAGCUCCUCAUGAAGCAGCAGCAAGCCGCAGCCUUCUUGAGCCCACAGAGCAACCAGCAGCAUCAACUGGUUCAGAGCCUCGUCCAGCAGCAGCAGCAAAUACAAAAAGGGUCUCAGGCGGGUAGCGUGCUACAGUCCAAACAUAGACCUGUUCCUCCAGUUAUUGCCUUGCGCCAGCAGCAUGUAGCCCCUGUCCAUGAAACGGCAGCUUCUCAUCUGACCCCCAUCCCUGAGUCUGCGGUUGUCCCUGCGGCUGACCCAGAGAAGACUGGUCAAGUGAUUCACAGAGUCGGGUCAUUGACGCCUCCCUCGUCGCCAAAGAUGGCCCCCAAAAGCGGUCACAGGCGCAUACUGAGCGAUGUCACGCACAGCGCCGUGUUUGGGGUUCCAGUCAGCAAGUCCACCCAGCUUCUCCAGGCCGCCGCAGCUGAGGCUAGCCUCAACAAGUCCAAAUCAGCCAGCACCACUCCAUCUGGCUCCCCUUGCUCCUCACAGCAGAGUGUGUAUCAUCCGGGUGGGGCUGACGCCCUGUCAGCUCUUGCUGCACCCAACACUCAGCCAAGCUGGAACCCCUUUGGGGACGAUAACUUCUCCAAACUGACAGCAGAGGAGCUCCUUAACAAAGACUUUGCCAAGCUAGCUGAGGCAGGAGAGAAGGCCACAGGUUCCACUGAAAAUCUCAUUCCAGGGCUCAUUGCUUUUCCAGCUGAAAGCUCUGCAGACAUCAUCAAGGCAGGUUCAGCCCCGGACCCUCUAAAUAGCCUCUCCCUCUCUGACACCACAGAGAAGCUGAUUGAGGGACUGAAGUCCCCUGAACCUUCUCUGCUGCUCCCCGACCUCAUAACCCUGGCCAACCCCUUCAGUACUGCCGCAGAGAGCUCCAUCAAUGUGACUGCAGAGAUGUGUGUGGAUUCACUGAUUCCUGGUUUGGGAGCGCCCCAGUCCCAGCGACUCUCAGGCCAGCCAGAGCUCAUCUCUUCCAGCAUGCCAGACUCUCUCACUGGGGAGGACUCACUGCUCGGUUGCGACCUUCUGGCUCGUUCUUGUCCUCCUGGAAACCAGUCUGUUUCUGCUCUCCCUUCCUCCUCCUGCUCCUCUGCUCAUCCUGGCUGCGGCUCUGCAUCCUGUCUGGAGGAGCUGCUGCCUGGUCAGGGGGCUUCUGACUCUGCUUUCCUCAUGUCGUGUGGGGAGAAGGGCAAUGAUGACGAGUUUGACCCUAUUCCUGUGCUCAUCUCCAAAAACUCAAAGCAAGGUGGUCACUCUCGCAGCAACAGUGGCAGUUCAGAGUCCAGCCUCCCCAACUUGGCCCGAUCCCUUCUGCUGGUGGAUCAGCUCAUCGACCUCUAGAGGGGGUGGGACAGGUCGACGGGGCAGUGUGCAAUCCUAACUGAGGGAUGGGAGGAGGGUAGGGGAUAGAGUUGGGGAAGCUGAGGCACCUUAUGAAUUAGAACAGGAGUUAGCAUAGAUGAUUGGUUCGGUGGAACCGCUCUCUUCAUGUGGCCUGCAACUCCAUCUCUAGUUGCCUGACAAGCUGGCUUCCUAUAUCUCGGCUGGCCGAUGACAUUCCCCCGCUGUAGUAACAUCUUUUCAUUAAUGCCUGAGCAUAUCUAUUGCUUCUCUCCCGGCUACACCAUGGUCUUCCUCAUGCUUUCCUCAUAUUCGCUUUAACAUCCCUCAUUGAGUGCACUGUGCCAUGGUGAUGACUGAUCACAAGCACACGCUAAACUGCUUGAUCACAGCUGCAUUGUGCACACUGUACUUGUUUAAGGCUGAAGCUUAUUUAAACAAGCCACCUUCGGGCAUGCUCAUUUGUGCCAGGGGUCUGACUGAAGAGCGAGGAGCCAGUAAUGCUGGAGACAUUUGGGAAGUCUUUACAGAGUCCUAUGUUGUGGUUCACUGUUGGAGACUCUGAGGAGAAUCUGUACCAUAUAGACCAUACAAUCCACUACUAUUUAUUGAAGCUAACAUAGUACAUGUAUUCACAACUGCAACUUGAACAAAUCCCUGAAUGGGAUGUUGAGCAGGGAAUCUUACACCUUUUAAUCUCUGUCUGAAUCUGGGGUAGUCUGCAUUAAUAAGGCUGAUAAAUCAAGCUCUAUUGCUAUUAUGGAAACCUUUUUAGGAUUAAGUUAACAAAACUAUAACACUUAAAACCAGUUUGUUCUUUUAAUCAUUACAUUCCAUAUUUAGGAGUAAGGUCAUAAACUGGCCAUCAUACACUUGACCCAUUGUAAAGCCAAAACAAACUGGAAUCAAAUGAUUUGACCUGCAGCCAUACCAGAGCUAAUUUAUUUUAUUAUGUGUCACCCCGCUCUGGAGGUGAGUGAGAAUGAGCAGACUUUCAGAAAGAUACAGAGGUACAGUGUGGAUUUUGUUGAGUUAUUUGUGCUGACAAAUGAGCUUUAAAGAUCUCCCUCUCCAACAGACAUUCCCUGUGUCUAUCCACACCAUCCUUACCACAGAGGCUGAGGUCAUUUGGCCAAUGUGUCGUUCAUUUUAGCCAGAAGAGACUUAAUCAUUUAUGUGUACAUAAAAUCACAGUUCAUGUUUUCUCCUGUCGGCAUUGGUAAAAGUGGACUUUUUUUGUGUAAUAUUUAAAGGCAUUGUCUCACUUAUAGUAUGAAUACAUGUGACUGUUAUUUAAGGAGCUUUAGAAUGAAUGUAUGAACUGACGACGGUUAUGAAAUAUGUAAAAUUCACAAGGAUAUAUAGAUUAAAAGAAAAUAUUUGUAUAAAGCUGUAGUUUGCAAAGAUGUUGCCCCGCUCCUCUGUCCAAAGUCCCUCUGUGCUUUCUCUCUUUUUGUGUCACGCAUUAAGUUAGUGGUUUUGCUUUAUGAGUCAUAAUUUAUACAAAUGUGUUCAUCUCAUUUUAAUAUCUCUCUACAGCAUUUCUGUACAUAAUACUACGUGUAAGUUAUUACUGUGAGAAAUUAAUUCUAACGGACAGCUAAUGACGGAAGUAACUUCCUGAUAUCUCUGUAGCACCUCUCACCUCUGAUAACUGAUUAUUUGGGUUAAGAAAGGCGUGAAUUGGAAAGAACACUUGUUCAAGUUGUUUUAGGUCUGAUCGCUAAAACUGGCAAGUAAAAUCCUUCAUUUUGGCUUUUCUGUAGCCAAGUAAGGUCUAUUGAAUAAAUCUCUGGUCAGGGCCCAUUUCACCUUAGAUAUGUACAUACAAAUUACAAACAUUUCUCUUGAAAUGCCAUCGCUGGCAUACAUGCUUGAGGUUUGGGUCCUAAAGAGUUUUCUCCUCCUGCUCCAGUAAUGCAUAUUGUGAAGGUUAGUCUAAUGUUAGAUAGCAACAGUACUGUCAAGAAUUGGCAUGAGUUGAUGCAACUAUGAUAUACUUUUUUUUUUGUUUCUUUCCAUUCCAUGUUUUUUUUUAGUUGAGUCAUUUGCAUUUUUGUGGCUAAUCUAUGCAAUCCUACAAUAACGCUUCAUGUUCUUAUCAGACAUCACAGUGCUGUAUCCUGUAACGUUUUUGCCUUCGCCGUAGAGUUUAACUUGUGUUGCUGUGUUAAACGAAUGUCCUCGUUGUGCUGGUUGGGCUCAUAUGGCGCCAGGUAUUGAAAUUACUUUGAUUAUAUCAAAAUGUUUGACAUCCAGCUGUCAAAGCAGGAACAUUGUGGAGUGUGGACUAUUUUUAUGAAUUAAGGUUCAGAAUGAGGAACGACGAAUAAAACGCAUUAUUGUGAGUGUAAAUUAAGUGUCCCGUUAUUUGAUAUGUACUCUGAAUAGAAAGUAGCAAGCUGGCUUUAUUGACUGUGUGAAAAUGGAUUAUUCUAUUUUUUAUUAAUUGAGAGAUUAUUUUGCUUUUGGAAACCAAGUUUGGUUGUAAUCUAACUCGAUGGUACUCACUAGACCUAACUAACAUUUCAGGAUUUAACCAUUGUUUGCAGCUCUUAGUAAAAGCACCAUCAUUUUUUUAAUGGUUGCUCUGAGAUUUAAAGGACUUUUCUAGUGUUUUCUAGGUUUUCUUUCCUAUUCAUCUAUCUUGGCAACACCUCACAUCACCGUUCAAUGCUGUUGUGAAUCUCGGCCAGAAGCUUUGUUAAAAGGUUUUUGGGUGUUAAAAGGUUUUUGGGUGUUAAAAGGUUUUUUGGGUUUCGCGAAUUUAGUUUUCUUUGUUUGAUUUGACCAUAGAUAAGAAUGCAGGGCCUUCAAGCUGUAUUUUAGGAAUUGAUGGUUGUUUGUCCGUGAUUAGUCUCACUGUUAUUUGUUCAUCGAGUCAUCAAAGCUGACCUGUGAUCUGUAAAUAAUUAUUUAGUUUGAGCUCUGGGUCAAUUUACGUAGACAAGUGUCCAAAGAUGUGAAACGGGCUGCAGACAGUUUAAAAAGACCGUAAAGUGAUAAAGGAAAUAACCAAAGGCCUCAAACAAAAACUCCCUUUUUUUAAUGGCUGCGACUAACAUCGGCCCAAGAGCUGCCCGUUAACCGCUGCUGUCGACCCUGCCGAGGUAAGACUGUCUGCUCAUCUGUGCCAAUCUGUCUGUCCCUAAUUACCUCUGUGUUGCUGUGAAAGGUCUUUGUCCUUGUUUCCACAGACCUAUUGACUCCCCCUGAGCUCCCUCUACCUCAGACACAAUCAAUUCGAACUAAUGGCAAAGCCGCUGCUUCCACUAACACGAGGCACUAUUUUUGGAAGGUUGAGGCUUCUGCAGCUGUGCUGACUCUAAUUUGUGGAAACAAGGUUGUUCGAUGUUGUAAUGGUACAGUUGGCCAGUCUUGUCUGUCGGUUGUGACCUGUUCAGAGUAGAAUGUGUCCGUAUUUGUUGUAGUCUCGUGCCGGUUUCUCACUGUUGGGUCAUUAUUAUUAUUGACUCUUCAGCAGUUACAGGUGAUCCAUCGCUAGUGUAGUGUGUGCGUAUUUUUAUUGUGUGGUCGAGGAAUUAUCAGCUGGAACUCGGGUGGUAAAGUUUCCUCUGUGUUUUGACCCUGUGCUUUGUAAGAUUUUGCUCACCUCUGAUAUGCAUCUCCUUAUCUGCUCUCUUAUUCAGAUGUUCAGAGGCAGAGUAAUGGCUACUCUGCGCUCGGAGAGGGACAGGAGACCGAACCUCCACAGGCAGACUCUCAAGCAAACGAGGAAUGUGUGCACUCCAGUGAUGAAGAUGAUGGCAAUUGUGAAGA